GACUCAGUUCACGUUGUUUACAAUUUUUUUAAUGGUGACAAAAAAGUGUUUUUAAAAAAAAUAGAAAAAAAUUGUGUUUUAAAAAAUGGAUAUCCUAGAAUUAAAGGAUGUCAAAUCUGUACCAGAUAUAAUACACAUUUAUUCUGGAAAAGUUAAAGAAGAAUCAAUUCCUUUGAUUAUUGAUAACGGUUCUUACAACUGUAGAGUUGGAUGGGCGACGGACAAGACACCGCUUUUAAUAUUUAGAAAUCUAAUUGCAAAACCAAGAAAAGAGAGAGGAAAAAAAGAUGGAGAAUUACAAGUUGGUAAUGAUAUUGCAAAUAUUGAAGCCGUUCGAUUUCAAUUAAAAACACAAUUUGAUCGCAAUGUUGUGACUCAUUUUGAAGCACAGGAACAAAUAUUUGACUAUACUUUUACUCAUUUGGGUAUUGACACUGAGGGUUCAGUGAAUCAUCCAAUUAUUUUAACUGAAGCAUUUCUAAAUCCCAAUUAUUCUCGAAAUUUAAUGGCUGAACUUCUUUUUGAAUGUUACAAUAUUCCAUCGUUAAGUUACGGUGUUGAUUGUCUUUUUUCCUAUCAUCAUAAUAAUUGUUCAUCGGAUGGUCUUAUUGUUAGUAUUGGCUAUCACACAACUCAUAUUAUACCAAUAUUAGAUGGUAAAAUUGAUGCUAUAAAUUCACGACGAAUUAAUGUUGGUGGUUAUCAUUUGACUUCAUAUAUGCAUCGAUUAUUGCAAUUAAAAUAUCCCGUUCAUGUAAAUGCAAUUACACCGAGUCGUGCUGAAGAAUUGAUACACGAUCAUUCUUUAAUUGCUCUGAAUUAUCAAGAGGAAAUUGCCAAUUGGGCGGAUCCUGAUUAUUAUGAUAUGAAUAUUUUGAGAGUUCAACUUCCUUACGUGGCGCCUGCAAGUACUCCUGGUUUAACAGUUGAACAACAAAAAGAAAGAAAACGAGAACUCGCGCGUCGUCUUAUGGAAAUUAAUGCCAGAAAACGUGAAGAAAGGCUCGCUGAAGAUGAGGAGCAAUUGAAUCAAUUGCUGGCAGUUCAAGAUCUUCUUGAAGAAGGCGAAAUGGAAGAAUUUGAGGAAGCCCUAAAAUCCUAUUCACUCUCAAAUGAGGCAGAAUUAAUGAAAAUGAUUAAUAAUUUACAGGCGAAAGUUGAAAGAACACGACAAAAAAUAGUUGCUGCCAAUUCACAAGAAGAGAAUAUGGUAAUUGAAGAGAAACCAAAAAUAAAAACUAGCCUUCAGCCAAAAGAUCAACAGGAUUUUGAUGAAUGGAUAAAUGGUGUGAGAAAAAAGAGACAAGAUAUAUUGGAUAAACGAAUGGCAAAACGACAAAGAAGACAAGAUAUGGCCAAGAGAAGAACAGCAGCUGCACAAGAGAGAAUGAGAAUAAUAAGUCAAUUGGCGAGAAAAGAAAAGAGAGACGAUGAUUUUGGAAUGCGUGAUGAAGAUUGGGAUGUUUAUAAAGUUAUUAAUCGAGAAGGCGGCGAUUCCGAUUCUGAACUUGAGCAAGAGAAAUUGAUAGAACUCGAAGAUGUAUUACGUCAUCAUGAUCCUGAAUUUGAUGGUGCUGGUUCAAGUGCACCAAUGGUGCCAGGUGAAACUCAUCAAUUACACGUUGGUAUUGAACGUCUUCGUUCACCGGAAUUAUUAUUUCAACCAUCAAUGAUUGGCCUUGUUGAGGCUGGUAUUGCCGAGACAAUUGAAUUUGUAUUAAAACGUUAUUCAUCUGAAUUACAAAUGCGACUUGCUUGUAAUAUUUUUCUAACUGGUGGACCGGCUUCAUUUCCUGGUUUAUUGGAACGUUUAAAACGUGAAUUAAAAGAAAUUCGACCAUUUGGUUCUAAUUUUCAUGUGAAUAUUGCAAAUAAUACAAGUUUAGAUGCUUGGUUUGGUGCAAGAGAUUUUGGAUUAAAUGGGAAUUUAGAUGAUUAUUUAGUUACACGUAAGGAGUACGAGGAAAAAGGUGGAGAAUUUCUUAAAGAACAUACUUCAAGUAAUUUUUAUAAUAAAUCACCAGAUCCAUUGCCAAUGUUACAAGUUGCGGCAAUAUCGGAACAAAUUGUUGUUGAGGAUGCAAUUGUUGAUGUGGAAAUUGAAUAAAUUUUUGUGCAAAAAAAAAAGGAAUUUUUUUUUUAAUUUAAUUUAUUAUAAUACGAUAAUAAAACAUUUUUAAUUUAA